UCUCUCUUUCCAUCUUGCUCUCCGCCAUGAAAGCUCUUCACGCCUCCCACAUUUUCUCUCUGCAGAGGCCUUACCUGCCUCGUUCCAUCCGGGCCGUCCGUUUCCUCCAUCCAUCGCAUCCGUCCGUUGCUCCUAAAGGCCUCGGGCUUCGUUACCUAGCCCUCGAUCCCCGCCGCAGGCCGGGGUUCUAUCUCAGCCGUCCGAUCGCCGCUUCUGCCGCUUCUCACAAAGAAGAGCCGCAUACAGAGAUUGAAGUGGAAAAAGGGAAUGGGGAGGUCAAAACAAAUACUGAGGAAUCACAGGAAGAAUGGGAAAAAACGUUAGAAUCUUUUAAAGAGCAAGCAUUGAAGAUGCAAGCCGUGUCAAAGGAAGCAUAUGAAGUGUACUCUGAGAAAGCAAUGAUAAUUUUGAUGGAAACAUCGAAGCAGUUGAAAAUUCAAGCGGAGAAAACAAGACACGAUUUGGCUGUAGUUGCCAAAGAAAUCAGCGAAGAAAGUAAAGAAUAUCUUUCUGCUGCAGCUGAGAAUUCCCCUGAGCCUGUGAAGGAUAUUGUGGAAACUUUCACCUCCUCAUCUGAUGAACUGAAAGAAGUGUCUGAAGUUCGUGACUUUUACCUUGGAAUUCCAUAUGGUGCACUUCUUUCUAUCGGUGGCUUUCUUUCCUUCAUGCUAACUGGCAGCAUUUCUGCGAUUCGGUUUGGUGUCAUCCUUGGUGGCGCUCUUUUGGCACUAAGCAUAUCAAGUUUAAGAUCAUGGAAGCAUGGAGAGGCAUCUGCUCCAUUCUUGAAGGGUCAAGCAGCAAUUGCAGUUAUAAUCUUUAUAAGGGAGUUGCGCUUGCUGUGUCAGAGGCCAUCUUUUCCCACUUCUUUUAUGACCCUCAUCAGUGGCGGGAUGGUAGUCUUCUAUCUGUAUCGGAUUGGACUAAGUGGUCUAGAUGGUCACAAGGGUGGUCCUAGUGCAGAGCAGAUUCCAGAAAACUAAUGCCCUGAGAAGAGGUAGGAAGGUUUGCUGUGACUUUUGAGGGCUUUUGAAUGCAUUGAGGAAACUCUGACUCGGAAUCAAGAAGCAAGAGACAUUGGUUGAGAAAAUCUGGCAUUUGUAAAUCAGCUUUCUAUCCCAGUUUCGCAUUGUAUUUGAUAAAAGCUAGGGAAGUUCCUCUGGAAAAAAAAAAGAAAAAAGGAUGGAUUACAGAAAAAGAUUUCCCCCACUCUUUCAGGGAUUAGUACGGUAAUGCUGUUGGUGUUUUCUCUAUAAAUCAGUAGGCUAGUAAGCUGCCCACAAAAUAAUGAAAGAUGUGUAAUUUUCAAGGCUUGGGUGCCUCUAGAGGUGGAAAGAAACCUAAAGAGCAGAUAA